CUUUACUUAUGCUGUAAUUUGUCUCGCUGGCAGGGUGCUUCCAUCACGAAGGUAUAAAGAACUCCCUCCGAUGCACUCACUUUCAGAGCACGUUGAGUCACCUGACAGAUAUCAGCCUAUCAUAUCCGAGAGGAUAGGCGAACGGCUGGUACGGUGGAGAGUUGUCAGGAUUUAGCUUCAGUGUGUCAAAACGUGAACGACGGCGGUUAUUUUUGUGCAAUGCCGAAUAAAGCGAAAAAAGAGAAGGAGUCUCCUAAAUAUGGAAAAGUUGGUAAAACUGGAGGACAAGAGAACUCGGACAUUGAGCAGGGCUCCAACAGAAAAGGCAGUAACAGUGUCCCUCCUACCACUCAGCUGCUGAAGGGCAAGCAGCUGGGUUCCCAGAUGCCUGUCAAGAAGGACAAGAGGCAGAGCUCGUCCCGCUUCAGCCUCAGCAACAACAGAGAGCUGCAAAAGCUGCCUGCCUUCAAAGAUGUCCCUGCGGCGGAGCAGGAGAAGCUGUUUGUCCAGAAGCUGCGUCAGUGCUGUGUCCUUUUUGACUUUUUGUCGGAUCCUCUGAGCGACCUGAAAUGGAAGGAGGUGAAGCGGGCUGCGCUCAGCGAGAUGGUGGAGUACAUCACCCACAACAGGAACGUCAUCACAGAGCCCAUCUACCCAGAGGUGGUGCACGUGUUUGCAGUGAACAUGUUCAGGACGUUGCCUCCAUCGUCCAACCCCACAGGGGCGGAGUUUGACCCGGAGGAGGAUGAGCCCACGCUAGAGGCAGCGUGGCCGCACCUACAGCUCGUCUACGAGUUCUUCCUCCGGUUUCUAGAGUCUCCAGACUUUCAACCAAAUGUAGCCAAGAAGUAUAUUGACCAAAAAUUUGUAAUGCAGCUAUUGGACUUGUUUGACAGUGAAGACCCCAGGGAAAGGGACUUUCUAAAGACCACUCUGCAUCGUAUCUACGGCAAGUUCCUGGGCCUGAGAGCAUACAUCAGGAAACAGAUAAAUAACAUAUUUUAUAGCUUCAUUUAUGAAACGGAACAUCAUAACGGAAUAGCAGAGUUAUUGGAAAUAUUAGGAAGCAUAAUCAAUGGGUUUGCAUUACCGUUGAAAGAGGAGCACAAGAUAUUCCUGUUGAAAGUGUUGCUGCCGUUACACAAAGUCAAGUCCCUUAGUGUCUAUCACCCGCAGCUGGCGUACUGCGUGGUGCAGUUUCUAGAGAAGGACAGCACCCUCACAGAACCGACAGUGAUGGCUCUGUUGAAGUACUGGCCAAAGACCCACAGUCCAAAAGAGGUGAUGUUCCUCAACGAGCUGGAGGAGAUUUUGGACGUCAUCGAACCCUCUGAGUUUGUCAAGGUCAUGGAGCCCCUCUUCAGACAGCUGGCCAAGUGUGUGUCCAGCCCACACUUCCAGGUGGCAGAGAGAGCGCUGUACUACUGGAACAACGAGUACAUCAUGAGUCUGAUCAGUGACAAUGCCGCCAGAAUCCUCCCUAUCAUGUUCCCCUCGCUCUACCGCAACUCCAAGACCCACUGGAACAAGACGAUCCACGGUCUGAUCUACAACGCCCUGAAGCUCUUCAUGGAGAUGAACCAGAAGCUAUUCGACGACUGCACUCAGCAGUUCCGAGCAGAGAAGAACAAAGAGAAGGCCAAGUGGAAAGAGCGAGAAGAAGCGUGGGUGAAGAUCGAGACUCUGGCCAAGUCCAACCCUCAGUUCCUGGUGUACGUGGACCCGUCAGGCCUGGGUAGUCCCAUGGAGACAGACGGACCAAUGAUAGAGGACUUCAACAUGCUGAAGAAGACUAUAGAGGAAGAGGCCACACAGCUCCAGAGGAACGAGCGUAAGGAGCGUCCGCUGGUCAGGAGGAAGUCUGAGCUGCCUCAAGACAUUUCCACCGUCAAUGCCCUGGAGACACACCGGAGGGCUGAGAACAUGGUCACACCACACGACGGCCACUAGAAACCACACACAGUACAGUCCGAUUCACACUGACAGUCCGAUACGAAUGGAAGGACACGACGGACGGACCAGCGCAGAAGAGAACAGAAUGACCUGGCUGAAAAAAUCUGGAGCUCAAACCAAAUCAGCACAACUCUACUUAGCCCAGUCCAACUAUGACAAUUGAUCCCCAGCCCAGUCCACUCCAGCCCUGCGCAACAGAUGUCAAUGGCACAGGACGUUAUGGCAUGACCAAACAUGACAUUGUUUCCCUCACCCCACCUCCCUAUCCCUCUGUCCUGCUCUCGCUGUCUUGUGAAAGUGGUGCCCCCUUUUGGUAAUUUCUCUCAGGUUUUCUUUUCUUGUUUUUAUUUGUUGGUUUGUUUCUGUUCUUUUUCUCUUAUUAAUGAUGACAUGUGCUUUGGCAAUUGGACUGGCGAACAGACAUGUAUUAUAGGCACAAUCUGUACGUAAUGGGCGGAGGAAGAAGCAGCUUGGUUGAGGACCACUUUAUUUUCUUCCCAUCUCUCUCUACUUGAGCAUAGAAAGGAAAACUCUGUACUUCUUCCUCAGAGCCCCAUUACAGCUGCUUUUGCCAUGAGCUUUACCCUUCUCUCUCUGUGUGCAUUUUUCUUUGUUCUGCUAUGAUUUGAUAGGAGGGGAAGCAAGGGGGACAGUCGGCGGACUGUCUGUUGGUCAACAGACGUUGUUCUAAUGAAGUUGUGGGGAUUUAAAUGUGCUGGCCUGAGGAAGGUUGAGGCUGAGGGACAGGAAGAGGGGCUCUUCUGUCCUCCACUGGACAUCUGCUGGUCUGUACAAACAUAGUUUGGUGCCAACUUCACUUUCUUUUUUUAUCUGAAUGAUAUUGUAGGCAAUACAUUGACCCAGGUUGCAGUGUGUUUGGGUUGUUCACACAAUGGUCAAUGGUUUUCUGGAUCCAUUGGAGUUUACUGUCCAUGUAAAAACAAAAGACACAGACUCUGUCUGUGCACUUCACAAUCCCCACCAGUCUUUUAUUCUUCAUUAAUAUUGAUCAAUGAUAUCCAACUUCUGUCAUGUUAUUGAUGUGAAAACUCCAAGGUCUAAUUUUGUAGUUCAGUGUUUACAGACUCCCAUUUUGAGUUUGUGUGUGAGUGGGACAAGAGGAACUGAACUGGGCUACACACAGAGGAAUACUCAUUGCUGGUUUUUCUACUUUUCAUAACCAAAACCCCUUCCUUUCUGAUGUUGCUGUUAUGUGUUAGCAAGUAGUAGGCUAGUUCAGUCAUAUAAAGACCAUUCUUUCUGGAGAAACCGAGUCGAAUUUGAACACAAGCCUUUCUUUUCAUAGUGCCUUUAUUGUACAUGGGGGACAUCGGCUAAACUGAGAAAGAAGAGUAACGUUGAAUUCAUCAUUAGCUUCCCAACAGACCAGAGAGACGCGUCGAAACACACACUGCCCCAGAGUAUUCCGUGUUUAUUUACAUCUGUGUCGAGUGCAAAACGCAUAUGAGCUGUUUAGCUUCAGUUGCAUGCCUUGUUAAAUCUACAAAGCAGAUGAUGGUGGUCAAGCUAGAGAGGAGGGGAGUAGCCCCAACGACUUAACAUGGAAGGACUUCCUGAUUUUUAGAACUUGAAUAAUAAAAAUAUCCAAAAUGAGUCAGUCA